GGAACGGCUCAACAGUAUCUUUCCGUUCUGCGGAGAAAGGUUGCGUUUAUCCGCACCUUUACCGCAUUUUGAUCGAGGAAAAGAAGGAGCCCACCCACAAAACUGACAAGACAUAACUGACUAAACACUUGGAUCUGUUUUAGUUCCGACCCAAAACGGAACAUAGCUCUGUCCGUCCAGUGAUUAUUUCCUCUUUUCUCUGGAGGGGAAAGGGUGUUUGGAUCGUUUCGAGGAGACGGCUUCUACUUCUCAACGGAUACUUGGAACUGAGCAAUUUGUCAACUGAGUAUAGGACCAGCUGAUGGUGUGCUGCUGUGGUAACAUGCCUGCCAUAAUCAGACCCUCUCUUCAGAAAUCCUACAUCUGAUGGUUUCCUGUCAAACCUGCAUCAAGAAAGCAGAUUAACUUCAUCCAAAGCCAUCUCCCAAAUUUCAAAGCUUGCUGAAAUCAUAGGAGGCCAGCAGUCCACCGUUCGUUUUACAUAAUUCCUCUACUGUAGAGUCUAAAGUUUACAAUUGAGUCACUGAAGUGAGAGAUCUAGAAUCUUGGAAAAACAGCCAGUGAAACAAAAUGGCUAACAACACUGCUGACCAUCCUCCGGGGAACUCUGUUGCUGAGGGCAACCAUGAUGGAGACUUUGGCUGCACAAUGAUGGAGCUUCGGGAGCUUAUGGAGCUGAGGAGUGCAGAGGCAGUCAACAAAAUCAGAGACAACUAUGGCGAUGUUCAGACGAUCUGUCGCAGGCUCAAAACUUCAGCUAUUGAGGGGCUCUCUGGCAACCCAGUGGACUUAGAAAAGCGUCAUGCAGCAUUUGGGAAGAAUUUCAUCCCUCCUAAGAAGCCCAAGACGUUCCUGCAGCUGGUAUGGGAGGCCCUGCAGGAUGUCACUCUCAUCAUACUCGAGGUGGCAGCCAUCAUUUCUCUGGGGCUGUCCUUCUACCACCCACCAGGGGGCGACAGCGAAAAGUGUGGCGAAGCAUCUGCAGGUGUCGAGAAUGACGACGAGUCUCAGGCAGGUUGGAUUGAGGGAGCAGCCAUCCUCUUCUCUGUCAUCAUCGUGGUUCUUGUGACUGCUUUCAACGAUUGGAGCAAGGAGAAGCAGUUCCGUGGGCUGCAGAGCCGCAUUGAGCAGGAACAGAAGUUCACUGUCAUUCGUAAAGGCCAGGUCAUCCAGAUCCCUGUGGCUGAGAUUGUUGUGGGUGACAUUGCUCAGAUCAAAUAUGGCGAUCUGCUUCCAGCUGAUGGCAUUUUGAUUCAGGGCAAUGACCUGAAGAUUGACGAAAGUUCACUGACUGGAGAAUCGGACCAGGUCCGGAAGUCACUGGAGAAGGACCCAAUGCUGCUCUCUGGAACUCAUGUGAUGGAGGGAUCUGGGAGAAUGGUGGUCACUGCUGUUGGUCUGAACUCCCAAACUGGAAUCAUCUUCACACUUUUGGGUGCUGGAGGUGAUGAUGAAGAGAAGAAGGUAAAGAAAGGUAAAAAACAAGGAGCCCCAGAAAAUCGCAACAAAGCCAAGACCCAGGAUGGCAUUGCUCUGGAGAUUCAGCCCUUGAAGAGUGAGGAAGGGGUGGAGUCAGAGGAGAAGGAGGAGAAAGAGAAGGAGCCCAAGAAGGUCAAUGUCACCAAGAAAGAGAAAUCUGUGCUGCAGGGCAAACUGACCAGACUGGCAGUACAAAUUGGGAAAGCAGGUCUUAUCAUGUCAGCUGUGACAGUCAUCAUUCUCAUCCUCUACUUCCUCAUUUACACAUUUGGUGUCCAGAAGCGACCCUGGCUGAAGGAGUGCACACCCAUCUAUAUCCAGUUCUUUGUCAAGUUCUUCAUCAUAGGUGUGACUGUGCUGGUGGUGGCAGUGCCUGAGGGUCUUCCUCUGGCUGUCACCAUCUCUCUAGCUUACUCUGUCAAGAAAAUGAUGAAGGAUAACAACCUGGUGCGGCACCUGGAUGCCUGUGAAACCAUGGGCAAUGCCACAGCCAUCUGCUCUGACAAGACAGGCACACUCACCAUGAACCGCAUGACAGUGGUACAAGCCUACAUAGGUGACACACACUACAAGACUGUGCCGGAACCCGAGGCUAUAAAUCCAGAAAUACUCGAGCUUUUAGUGAACAGCAUUUCUAUCAACUCUGCCUACACUACCAAGAUCCUGCCCCCUGAGAGGGAGGGUGGACUGCCCAGACAUGUGGGCAAUAAGACUGAAUGUGGUCUGUUGGGUCUGGUUCUGGAACUGAAGAGGGACUACCAACCAAUCAGAGAUGAGAUUCCUGAAGAGAAACUUUACAAAGUUUACACCUUCAACUCCUCCCGCAAGAGCAUGAGCACAGUCCUUAAGAACACUGAUGGCUCCGGAUACCGCAUGUACAGCAAAGGCGCCUCCGAGAUCAUUCUGCGCAAAUGCUCACGUAUUCUGGAUGCUUCUGGCCAGUCACGGGUUUUCAAGGCUAAGGAUCGAGAUGAGAUGAUCCAUAAGGUGAUUGAGCCCAUGGCUUGCGAUGGCCUGCGUACCAUCUGCGUGGCCAUGCGAGACUUCACUGGUGACAAAGAACCUGACUGGGACAAUGAGGCUGAGAUCCUGUCUGACCUGACCUGCAUCGCUGUGGUAGGCAUUGAAGACCCUGUCCGCCCUGAGGUUCCUGAGGCCAUCUCUAAAUGCCAGAAGGCAGGCAUCACUGUGCGUAUGGUUACUGGAGACAACAUCAACACAGCCCGUGCCAUUGCCACCAAGUGUGGCAUCCUGCUUCCCGGGGAAGACUUCCUAUGUCUAGAAGGCAAAGAAUUCAACCGACAGAUCCGCAACGACAAAGGAGAGGUGGAGCAGGAGCGUCUGGACAAAGUUUGGCCCAAACUACGUGUUCUGGCACGAUCUUCACCAACAGACAAACACACUCUGGUUAAAGGCAUCAUUGACAGCACAGUGGGUGAAACUCGACAAGUGGUGGCCGUAACUGGAGAUGGAACCAAUGAUGGUCCAGCCCUGAAAAAAGCUGAUGUGGGAUUCGCCAUGGGAAUUGCUGGCACGGAUGUGGCGAAGGAGGCCUCUGACAUCAUCCUGACAGACGAUAACUUCACCAGCAUUGUUAAGGCGGUGAUGUGGGGACGUAACGUGUAUGACAGCAUCUCCAAGUUUCUGCAGUUCCAGUUGACUGUCAACGUGGUGGCCGUUAUUGUGGCCUUCACUGGCGCCUGCAUCACACAAGACUCUCCUCUGAAGGCAGUACAGAUGUUGUGGGUGAACUUGAUCAUGGACACACUGGCCUCUCUGGCUUUAGCCACCGAGCCGCCCACAGAGUCCUUGCUGCUGCGCAAACCCUACGGCAGAGACAAGCCACUCAUUUCCAGGACUAUGAUGAAGAACAUUCUCGGCCAUGCAGUCUACCAGCUCAUCGUCAUCUUUACCCUCCUGUUUGCAGGAGAGAAAUUCUUUAACAUUGACAGUGGCCGUAACGCCCCCCUCCAUGCUCCUCCCUCCGAACACUAUACCAUCGUCUUCAACGUGUUUGUUAUGAUGCAGCUCUUCAACGAGAUCAAUGCACGAAAGAUUCACGGAGAGAGGAACGUGUUUGAGGGCAUCUAUCGCAACCCUAUUUUCUGCAGUGUUGUGCUUGGCACUUUCAUACUUCAGGUUAUUAUUGUGCAGCUUGGUGGAAAACCAUUCUCCUGCACAGCUCUGACCAUUGACCAGUGGCUGUGGUGUGUCUUUAUUGGUGUUUCGGAGUUGCUUUGGGGUCAGCUCAUUUCUGCCGUCCCAACACACCGCCUGAAGUUCCUGAAGGAGGCCGGUCAUGGCAUCACCAAGGAGGAGAUCCCCGAUGAGGAGCUCACCGAGGGCGCAGACGAGAUUGACCACGCUGAGAUGGAGCUUCGUCGCGGCCAGAUCCUGUGGUUCAGAGGUCUCAACCGCAUCCAGACUCAGAUGGACGUGGUUUAUACAUUCCAGUCGGGCCAAACAGCAGUGCCCGGGGCCCUGCGCCGUCAGCCCUCCGUGGUCAGCCAACACAACGACAUUAAGGUGGUGAAUGCAUUCCGUAGCUCCCUUUACGAGGGUCUAGAGAAGCCAGAAUCCCGAAGUUCCAUCCAUAACUUCAUGUCCCAUCCCGAAUUUGUACCCCUGUCCGAGGAGGAAGCCCGGGUCCCCACGAUAGAGGAGAGCAGCGUGGAGAUCGAGGCACUCCCCAGUGGCUCAGGGGUCUCCUCCUCCCCUGGUGUUAGUGGGGGUGGUGACCCUCCAAACAACUCCCUCCACAACCAGGAGACCUCGGUCUGAUGGUUUCUCUCAUCCACCUGAC